UACAUCCCCUUGUUCAACUUCCCCACCCAGAAUCUGCCGUCACCUCCUUUCGAUUUUGUGAUUUCUUUCUCAUAAUCGAUAACAAUGGUGAAACGCAACCGAGUUGCGCAGGCAGAGGAAGCAUUACCCAUUGAAGAAGAAUGCAAAUCGCUGAUAAAAAAGCUUGCUUCUUGUAAACAAAGCACCCGCGACAGAUCCUUACGAACCGUUCUUCGUACUUGGCUCCCUGAACAAACUGAAAUCUCCGAUGAUGACAUGAAGAAGCUAUGGCAAGGAAUCUUCUACUGCAUCUGGCAUGCCGAUAAGUCUCUUUACCAAUCCGAACUCAUCGAUCGUCUCUCCUCUGCUCUUCACUCCUUUCCUCUGCCUUUGUCUGUCCAUUACUUCACCGUGUUCUUGUUCACCAUGCGUCGUGAGUGGUCACGUAUUGAUCGGCUCAGGUUAGAUAAGUUCUACCUCUUGAUUCGAAGGUUUUUGAGCGGAUUCUUCUCUCUGCUUGAUAGCAAUUCGUGGGAUUUGGAUUUAACUCGUCGUUUGAUGAGUGUUUUGUUUGAUGGGACGUUUCUUGCUGAUGAUAAGUUUCAAGGGAAUGGUGUUAACUAUCAUAUAGCUUCUGCUUUUGUUGAGGAACUUAGGCCGUUUCUUCCACUAAGGAAGGAGGUUUUGGAACUUCUAUUCACUCCUUUUGUGACGAUUUUGGGUCUUGUUAAGGAUAAGAUGUUGGUUGGGAAGAUUAAGAGUAAUUUGUUUGAUGAGUUGCUUAAGAUGGGGAAGAAGCUGCUGUUAAUUAAGAUAUCUGGGAAUGAUGAAGUGCCUGAGGAUGACAUUGUAGUGAUUUUGGGAUCUAUUGUUUUGUCUAUGGACUUUGCAAAGAGGUUUUAUGAGAUGGGUUCUUCUCCGGAUAUCCAGCAGGGUAACAGGAAAGCAAUAUUUGCUCUUCACAAGGACUUCUUGCAGUUGGAGAAGGAUAUGUCGAGUUCUGGUAUCAAAGUUUCUAUCACAGAAACUUCUCGUCCUUGCAAAGGUGAAGUGCCUGAAUUGGUUCCAGUGUCUGAGUCUGAAUCAAAGGCUGUUUCUAAGUCUAAGAAGCUUGUUGCAAAUGGAUCUUCUUCGAAGAAAAAGGGUUUGAAGAAAUGUUCAAAUACUAAAAAAAGCAGUGUCAAGAAGGAUACUGUUAUGGAUGAUGUUAACAAAGAUGAAGCUUUUGAUGAAACAAUGAUAUCAGAUCUUCGACAGGAGUUUGAGAAGAUUGCAUCUGAAAUGAGUCCGUCAAAAAGUGAGGUUGCAAGUGUCUGUGAAGUAGCAGAACCUGUGUCAAUAACCAAAAAGUCCAAGAAGAGGAAAAGAGAGAACAAAGGGGAAGUGCAAGAUACUACUGUUAACAGAGAUGCAGCAGAAACGAGCUUAGCCGGGCCGAGCAGUGAGAAGAGCUCAAAGAGAGUAAGAUUUGCAAUGAAGAACAAUUUGGUGUGGAAACCUCAUUGCCCUCUACCUCCACAAGAUUUGAGGUUGCCUCCCUCUGCUACGCCACGAGGAAGUGCUCUGAAGAAAGGAAUCCCGGCUGGUCCAGUAAGGGAGUUAGCUACCCAGAGUAGGAAGACGAAGAAGAAAGCUGCACGUAGAGGAGUGAAGACGAUCAAGAACUUGAAGAAGAAACUGUCACCUUGAAAAUGGAGUGUCAGAGUAAUUUGUUGCUUUGCUGCUAGUAUUUCUUUAUAUUUUUGUUUUAGUUUCAAUUUUCAAUACGUCUUUGAGAUUUUGUUUGCUAAUUUGGGAAUUAUGAGAAAAAUUUUGCCAUGAAAAAUGAAAUAUCGUCCCAUUUC